AUGAAGACUGCUACUACAAUCCUCUGCAUGGCCCUUCCUCUUCUUGCCAGCGCAGAGAUGUGCAAUGUCUUCAACAACGACGGCCCUGUGCACUGCAGAAGCAGCCCAAAAUUCAGCGCCAAAUCAGUUACCACGAUUGGUGACGGAGAUGGUUGGGACUUUUCCUGCUAUAAGUCGGGAGACUGCUACGAAGGAGUUUGCUCUUGGGACUAUAACUGGGAAUUGAAAUGCUACAUCAAUGGAUAUUAUACUUCAGACCAGUGCAACUCCAGUAAUGUCACCUCCUCCCUGACUAUUUCCGGUUCUGAGACUGACAAGUUGUGA